CUCACCAAUGCCAGGAUUGCCCAGAUUGGGAUGAGCAUACUGAUUAGGAACAUUGCUGUCAUGUUACCCGUGGUGCUCUUUGUUAAGAGGCUGUUGAAGAGGCUGUCCUUCUGCAGGGCUGUGGUCCUUUCACAUUCUUACUGCUACCAUGUUGAUCUCAUUCAACUCUCAUGUACAGACAACAGAAUCAACAGCAUCCUCGGUCUGUUUGCACUUUUCUCCACAACAGGGUUUGAUUGCCCUUGCAUCCUGCUCUCCUAUGUACUGAUCAUCCGAUCUGUUCUCAGCAUUGCCUCCUCAGAGGGGCGGCAGAAAGCCUUCAACACCUGCAUAUCCCACAUUAGUGCUGUUGCCAUCUUCUACAUACCCCUCAUCAGCUUGUCUCUUGUCCAUCGCUAUGGCCGUUCAGCACCUCCAUUUGUCCACACCAUCAUGGCCAACGUCUUCCUUCUCAUCCCUCCUGUGCUCAACCCCAUCAUCUACUGUGUGAAGACUAAGCAGAUUCGAAAGGCUAUUGUCAAAGUCUUAAUUCAGAAGCAGCAACAAAUCUAA